AUGGAUGAUGAUGAGAAGAAGGACAUGUGUCCAAUUUGUAAGACGGAUCGAUAUUUGUCACCAGAUAUGAAAUUUUUGGUGAAUCCGGAGUGUUAUCACAAGAUUUGUGAAUCCUGUGUGGACCGUAUAUUCAGUUUAGGUCCUGCCCAAUGUCCAUAUGAGGGCUGUGAUAAGAUAUUAAGGAAGAACAAAUUCAAGACCCAAAUAUUUGAUGAUGUUGAUGUAGAGAAGGAGGUAGAUAUACGAAAAAGGGUUUUCAAUGUGUUUAGUAAGAAUUUAGAAGACUUUGAUGGAGACUUGGAUGCUUUCAAUAAGUACUUGGAGGAGGUUGAGGAUAUAAUAUACAAUCUUGAUAAUGGGGUGGAUGUAGCCAAGAAUGAAGAGAAGCUUCGUACGUAUGAAGAGUUGAAUAAGCAGUUGAUUAUGGCCAAUAUGGAAAGGAACAAGCAGUUUUUAGAGAACUUUGAGCAACGAAAGAAAUUCGAAAAGGAGAUGAAGUUAAAGAAGCGUAUGUUAGAAAGACAGAUAGAAGAAGAGGAACGUGCUAAUAAGGAAUGGGCCAAGCGGGAGAUUGUAAACCAAUUAUCUUCGAAUAUUGAUGCUGAUGAGGUGAUUGAGAACGUAAGAAAGACUGUAAAGUUGAAGAAAUCAUCUGCAAGGAGGAAAUUACAAGAAUUAAACAAGGUCCUAAGGAAUAAUCCUUACAUGCAGAUGUCAAAUGGCACUAUGAAAAAGCAAGAGAAGGUUCCUUUUACUCCCUUCAAUGGAGACAGGGAUUUGCUAAAGCGGUUUACCUUAGAGGAAGAUAAGUAUGAGGAUCCGUAUAUUAAAGAUCUACAGACUAGAAAAGCGUACAUUGCAUCCGGAUUUAGGCCUGAUUAUGUUUACAAUCGUGUGUUGACUGAGGCCUUCAUGGGGUUAGGCUGCAUCAUACAAGAGGAAUUUAGUGUGGAAUCACAGCCCUCUUAA